AUGUCAAGACUACUCAAAGAAUACAAGAAAAUACAAACCACACUAAGCCCCAACAGCACACAUCACAACAACAACGAUGACGACGAAUUCAACCAAAUAAUAACAUACUUGCAUCCAAUAUCCACCUCAGACCUCACUCAUUGGCAGGCACAGAUCAAGGGCCCUCAGGGAACACCUUACGCCAAUCACGAAUUCCAAUUACAAAUAGAAUGUCCCCCCACAUACCCAAUCGAGCCACCCAUCAUCCACUUCCAACCGCUCUCAAUGCCCCAUUGUAAUGUCAACUUCCAAACGGGAGCCAUAUGUCUAGAUAUACUAGAGAAGCAACAUUGGACACCAGCUUGGAAUCUCAUGACUACAAUGAAAGCCAUUUGGAUCCUGUUGAAGGACCCGGUACCGGAUUCUCCUUUGAAUGUCGAUAUCGCUAAUAUCUUGAGGGUUAACGAUCAAAGCGCAUACAACGGACUGCUUAAUUACUAUUUGAGUGCUUCUCCUUCACCCUCCACAACUAAAUAA